AUGAAUCACUGGCUGCAAUGCUAUGCAUUCGACGUCAUCUCCAUGAUCACUUACUCCAGACGCAUGGGCUUUCUGGACCACGGUGAGGACAUCGGCGACAUCAUGAUGGCUAUCGACUCGGAUAUGACAUAUGCUACCAAAGUUGGCCUCUACCCGAGCUUCCACCCCUACUUGUUCUUUCUUCGCAACUACGCCAUCAGCAAGAAAGAAGUGGGCAGAGCCUAUGUUAUCAACUUUACUCGGAACAUGAUCACUCAGCACCAAGCGAAUCCCAAGGUAGAGCCUGAUGAAUCGAGCGACGAGGAAGGAGGGGAAGGAGCUGUGGACUUCUUGACCAAGCUACUGAAGAAGCACUCCAACGACCCCGAAGUAUUCACCUCUUACCAUGUGCUCGCCACAUGCGGGGCAAAUAUGAUCGCGGGGUCGGAUACCACUUCGAUCACACUCUCUGCUAUCCUGUACUACCUGCUCAAGAAUACGUCGGCGUACCAGAGACUGCGAGACGAGGUGGACUCGACCGGCAAAGAGUUGACAUUCGCCCAAGCCCAGAAUCUACCAUAUCUCCAAGCUGUAAUCAAAGAGGCAUUGCGAUUACAUCCUGCGACGGGGUUGCCUCUGGAGCGAGUUGUCCCAUCCGGCGGGGCCACCAUCGCUGGAGUCUUCUUCCCCAAGGGUUGCAUCGUUGGCAUCAAUACCUGGGUUUAG